GUCCCAAUGGACAACCAUUCUAUAGUGCAACUUUUCCCAGGGAGUCAUAGGUUAACCCUGUUUGGGCUCUUCUUGCCUCCCCACACCCAAACAACAAGACAUGGCUGGCAUGAAUCCGGUCGGCUUUAGUUUAGAGCAGGGAGUAGUAUUGUACUACUUUACUCCCUGGUCUAGAGAAAUAGGGUGCGCUACUUGAUUGUCGACGAAAUUCGCUCGGCGAACUGUUAUCAGAAUAGUGACGUCAUUCAAUCACAAGAAAAACGUGGCGGUGCAUGAGUUGCACGCAUUUUUUCAUGCGGAAUCGAUCUUCUCCUCGAAUGAAGUCUGUUUUGUUUCUUUGACCGUGUGUUCCUUCCAUUCUUCGUCAGAGUUCUCCCCGCUUUUACUUGUUUACGGCCGUGAGGCCUUGGCUACUGCGAUGGGGAAGUCUACUAGAAACAGUAAGCCUGGUGUGAUAAAGAAAAGAGAUGGCGAGGCGCAGCCAUUUGGUCGUAGCAAAGCAACGUCGAGGCGAUUGCGUAUGUACAGAGAUGCUGGUAAACCUGUGAGAAAUCGCAAGGGAAAGGUGGUGGAGGGAGCUGAAUAUCAGAAAUGGACCGCUCCAGGAACUGUUGCCCGAGUGGAACCGAAUCGAAGGUGGUUUGGCAAUACACGCGUUGUCACUCAGCAGGCCCUGCAAACGUUUCAAGAUGAGAUGGGCAAAGUCAAGGCCGAUCCGUACCGAGUUGUCAUGAAGCGCAGCAAACUGCCAGUGUCUCUGCUGCAGGAGAAGGCGAAGCAUGUCCGAUCACAUCUACUGGAGACUGAAAAAUUUGAUCACACAUUCGGCAAGAACUCUCGUCGGAAACGACCCACUUUGAAAGUCGGUGACAUGGAGGAGCUUGCAGCAAAUGUUGCAGAUCGUGAGGAGAAGUAUGCUAGUGAUGACGACCGGGACUUGGACAAAGGUGUUGCAUCUGAAAGACCUGAAGCACAGGAGUUGAUCUUCACCAAGGGCCAAUCCAAGCGUAUUUGGGGAGAGUUGUACAAGGUUGUGGAUGCGUCCGAUGUCGUUAUACAGGUGCUGGAUGCGCGAGACCCGAUGGGCACACGCUCAAAGCGCAUUGAGAAAUACUUGAAGACAGAGAAGGCCCACAAGCACUUGAUAUUUGUCCUGAACAAGUGUGACUUAUGCCCUGCAUGGGCCACGAGGCGCUGGGUUGCCACUCUUUCUGCGGAACAUCCAACUCUUGCUUUCCAUGCUAGUCUCACGAAUGCAUUCGGCAAGGGUGCCGUCAUCUCACUGCUGAGGCAGUUCUCCAAACUUCACCCUGAAAAGAAGCAGAUCAGUGUUGGCUUCAUUGGAUAUCCCAACGUUGGCAAGAGUUCGGUGAUCAAUGCGUUACGAGCGAAGAAGGUUUGCAAUGUUGCACCUCUUGCCGGCGAGACGAAGGUGUGGCAGUACAUCACUCUGAUGCGCCGCAUCUUUCUUAUCGACUGCCCUGGCGUGGUCUACCCAUCGGGAGAUUCUGAGACUGAUAUGGUUCUCAAGGGCGUUGUACGUAUUGAGAACAUUCCGAACCCAGAUGAUCACAUUCCGGCAGUGCUGAAGCGAAUCAAGGCAGAGCAUGUGCAGAAGAUGUAUGGCCUGCAGAAGUGGGGUGAUGCCACUGACUUCCUGGAACGCCUUGCACAGAAGACGGGUCGGCUGCUGAAGGGCGGCGAGCCAGAUGUGUGUCAAGUAGCCCGUAUGGUUCUGAAUGACUGGCAGAGAGGAAAGCUACCCUACUUCAGUGUACCACCAAAGGCAGAGGGUGAUGAGGGUGACAAGGAUGACAGCAGUGCCAAGGACGAAGAGCAGCAGCAGGAUGAUGUGAAAGAGGAGGACGAGGAUGAAGGCAUGGAAGACGAAGAAGAGGAUGAAGAUGACAUGGAGGAGGAGGCGGAUGGUGGUGAUGACGAUAAUGAUGAAGACUAAGAAUAUCCCAAUGGGCUUUGUACCUAGGACAUUGUGUCGGGCUGACGGCAAAGCCACACACUUUCUUCAAACUAUAUAUAAAACCCUGUACAUAACGAGUUUUUUUUUAGUGCAACAAAACCUUUACUGUGCAUGUACAUACUACGGUCACGAAAUGUCAUAAAACACACUCCUUGAUCAUAUUCUCUCGCAUAGGAACAGUGUAAAUAAAUUGAACCUUGUAUAAGCUUGUGAAAAGCAAGCACUCUUUCAAACACGAUGUGAAUGAUAUGACCAUGUGACGGACAUAUGUAA